UUCGCUUUCGCCUUCCUUCCGUCUCCUUCCCCGAGAAGCCGAACUGCGCUCGCCGUCUCGCCACCCCCGUCCCUUCCUCGCAGUCCCUCCCCUAAACCCCAUCGUGUUUCUAGAAUCUUCCAGAACCCUCUCCCCGCUCCCCAAGGCCCCAUCCCUCGCUCGGAAUCCGGCGCCAUGGACCUGGAUCCCGAGGGCAUCUUCCGCGACGACAGCGACGAGGACGAUGACAACGUCCAGGAGAGGGAGGCAAACAAGGAGAUGGUUGUCUACCUCGUCGACGCCUCGCCCAAAAUGUUCACCCCUGCGACCAACCAGGCAGAUGAAAAGGAUGAGACCCAUUUCCACACCAUAGUUAACUGCAUUACGCAGUCUCUGAAGACACAAAUCAUUGGCAGAUCCUAUGAUGAAGUUGCAAUAUGUUUCUUUAACACUAAAGAGAAGAAGAAUUUACAGGAUUUGGCAGGUGUUUAUGUUUACAAUGUCGGAGACAGAGAUCCACUUGAUAGACCCACUGCAAAACUGAUUAAAGAUUUUUCUUGCAUUGAAGAUUCUUUCAUGAGCAACAUUGGAAGUCGAUAUGGAAUAACUGCUGGAUCUCGGGAGAACACCCUUUACAAUGCUCUUUGGGUUGCGCAGGCACUGUUGCGCAAAGGAUCUGUGAAGACCGUCAGUAAACGAAUUCUCAUAUUCACCAAUGAAGAUGAUCCUUUUGGUGCUAUUACAGGAGCAGUGAAGACUGAUAUGAUUAGGACAACAAUUCAACGUGCAAAGGAUGCACAAGAUCUUGGCCUAUCUAUUGAGCUACUUCCACUGAGCCGGCCUGAUGAGGAAUUCAACAUGUCCCGUUUCUAUGCAGAUUUGAUUAGUCUGGAUGGAGAUGAGAUAACGGAGUAUCUGCCAUCUGCUGGUGAAAAGUUGGAGGAUAUGACUGAUCAACUGAGGAAACGAAUGAUGAAAAAGCGCAGAGUCAAAACUCUUUCAUUUGCAAUUACCAAUGAUGUAUGUAUAGAAGUGAAUACAUAUGCGCUGACCCGUCCUACUACUCCAGGGACAAUCACAUGGCUUGAUUCACUCAGUAACAUUCCAUUAAAGACUGAAAGGUCUUUCAUAUGCAAUGAUACUGGGGCUCUACUUCAGGAUCCACAGAUGCGUUUCCAGAUGUACAAUGACAUGGUUGUUAAAUUUUCUGUCCGUGAACUCUCUGAGGUUAAAAGGGUUUCAAGUCAUCAUCUUCGCCUUUUAGGAUUCAAGCCAUUGGAUUGCUUGAAGGAUUAUCAUAACUUGCGACCAUCAACAUUUAUUUAUCCCAGUGAUGAGCAUAUAUUUGGAAGCACACGCGUUUUUGUUGCUUUACAUAGCUCAAUGUUGCGCCUUGGAAGGUUUGCGCUUGCAUUUUAUGGGAAUCCAACUCGGCCACAGCUUGUGGCCCUUGUUGCUCAAGAAGAGGUUACUUCCUCUGCUGGUCAAGUUGAGCCGCCUGGCAUGCACAUGAUCUAUCUUCCAUACUCCGAUGAUAUCAGAUAUCCUGAAGAGGUUCAUGUGACUUCUGAUGAUGCACCACGUGCAACGGAUGAACAAAUCAAGAAAGCAUCAAAUCUAUUGAAACGCAUUGAUCUGAAGAAUUUCUCUGUAUGCCAAUUUGCUAACCCAGCUUUGCAAAGACACUAUGGGAUCUUGGAGGCCUUAGCUUUAGGCGAAGAUGAGAUGCCAGAUAUAAAGGAUGAGACCCUGCCUGAUGAAGAAGGCUUAGCUAGGCCAGGAGUUGUAAAAGCUAUCGAUGAAUUUAAGGCUUCAGUCUAUGGUGAAAAUUAUGAUCAAGAGGAGGCUGAAGCAGCAGCUGCGAAAGCUUCCCGUGGUGAUGCUUCGAAGAAACGGAAGGCAAUCACUGAUGCAGCCUCGCUGAAAAGUGCAGCUUAUGAUUGGGCAGAACUGGCAGAUAAUGGAAAGCUGAAGGACAUGACGGUCAUGGAGUUGAAAUCGUACCUGACCGCACAUGGCCUCCCUCUUUCCGGUAAGAAAGAGGCACUUAUCAGCAGGAUCUUGACUCAUCUGGGCAAGUGAAGCCAUUUAUCCGAGCUUUGUUUUCCCAGAAGCCGACUGCCAUCUCAACUGCUGUCUCAUGGGUAGCUUGAAAGCUUGUGUAACAUAACCCGACCUCCCUGUGCAUGAUACGUGCCAAUUUUAUAUAGCGAUGUGCCAGCAAUAGUUGCCUGUUUAACUUGCUUGUUAGUUUAUCAUGAGGUCAUGAGGUUUUGUCCCUUGCAACAUGCAUCAUCGUAUUCUGCUAGAAUGGUUGGAGAAUGGAGACAUUGUUGUGUGAAA